AUGGCGGCAGCUACACGAAGAGAACUCCACAUCUGCACCGAUGUUCGCAUGAUUGUGUCAGUCGGAAGGGAUGCAAAUAUUGUAAGGGCUUGGGAGCAGGAAAGUGGGACUGUCGUUUGGGAGACACAAAUUCAUUCGGCUGUAGUGACGAGGCCAAUCUCAGUGAUUGCUUCGUCCGAGAGUGUUGUAUUCGUAUUGGACGAUAGAUCACUGUCAGCACUCUCACUACUGACCGGUCAAAUCAAGUGGGCAGUUCAAAUGGACAAAAAUCGAGAUUGGAUUGGUGCUGUUCAAGGCACUCAAUUGGUCACUGUAAUCGGUGGAAUAAAAGAUCAACAAGUGGAUAUCUAUCGAUAUGAUUCGCAAAGCGGCGUUUCAACAAAGAAGCAAACAAUUGCAGCACCGUGGUUUUCAAACGAGAGGUUGGUAUCAGUUGAAUAA